GGCCUCCAAUAUGGUGUUCUCCGUGUAGCCUGUGACUGUAGCGCUAUUUACCACAGGUGGCCAGUAUAGUUUUGGGAUUGCGGCUGCGGUCCCGCCAGGUUGGUUUGCAGAAGCAGCAAACUUUAGUUCCGGUUACGGCUCCGGAAAGCCACAUUUCUCCGAGAGUCUGGAAUCGCCGUUGAGUUUUAGAAUCUGAAAGUUCCUCCUCAGCCCUUGUUUCCUGUGCCAUCUCUGGACACCUUCCCCAGGUCCCUGACCCUCUCAGAUUCACACUAUGAGCCUUCGGAAGCUGCUGUUGCGCCUGUCCGGUUAUCUCGGGGCGGCUGGUCCCCCACGUCGCCAAUGGUGGUGCUCCGGGACCCCCGACACCAUCUCCUCAGUAGUCUCCAGGCGUGCUCACUCCUCCAGGUCUCCAGCCCAUUGGAACCAGGUGGUGUCAGAGGCAGAAAAGAUCGUGGGCUAUCCCGCUUCCUUCAUGAGCCUGCGCUGCCUGCUGAGUGACGAGCUCAGCAACAUCGCCAUGCAGGUGCGCAAGCUGGUGGGAACUCAGCACCCUCUGCUUACCACUGCCAGGGGCCUUGUGCACGACAGCCGGCAUAACCUCCAGCUGAGGGGCCUGGUGGUACUGCUCAUCUCCAAAGCAGCAGGGCCCAGUGCGGAGAAUUCCUCAUGCCAGAACUACGACAUGGUCAGUGGGAUAUACUCGUGUCAAAGAAGUUUGGCAGAGAUCACAGAACUUAUACACACUGCUCUCCUCGUGCACCGUGGGAUAGUAAAUUUAAGUGAAUUACAGUCUUCUGAUGGACCACUAAAAGACAUGCAGUUUGGAAACAAAAUAGCUAUCCUGAGUGGAGACUUUCUUCUAGCAAAUGCCUGCAAUGGACUAGCUCUUCUACAGAACACCAAGGUUGUGGAACUUUUAGCAAGUGCCCUUAAGGACCUGGUGCAAGGAGUAUACCAGGAAAAUUCUGCUUUGGCCAAGGAACACUCUAUCACAGUUGAUAUUGGAAUGUCUACUUGGAAGGAGCAGACUUUUCUGUCCCAUUGUGCCUUGCUAGCGAAGAGCUGCCAGGCUGCAAUGGAAUUGGCAAAGCACGGUGCUGAGGUCCAGGACAUGGCAUUUCAGUAUGGGAAGCACAUGGCCAUGAGUCACAAGAUAAAUUCUGACCUUCAGCCUUUUAUUAAAGACAAGACCAGUGACUUUAAGACUUUUGACCUAAACUCAGCACCUGUAGUCUUACAUCAGGAGUUUCUUGGAAGAGAUUUGUGGAUUAAGCAGAUUGGUGAGGCUCAAGAAAAAGGAAGAGUAAACUACACCAAGGGCCUGCAAAUCAGGGAGAGCCCUGGUGCCAGCCACGCCCCACUCGGAGGCAGUUGCGAGAAACAAUCAAAGCUGGCAAAGGUGUGACUUCAGCUAUUGACCUGUGUCGUUACCAUGGAAACAAGGCACUGGAGGCCCUGGAGAGCUUUCCUCCCUCAGAGGCCAGAUCGGCUUUAGAAAACAUUGUGUUUGCUGUGACCAGAUUUUCAUGACACCACAUUAAAAAGACACUAUUGUUCCUUAGCUGAAAAACCCAGAGAACAGGGUGGAGAGGAGAGCUUUUGAGAUGAAAUAACUAAUAUGUUAAUGAUUUUUAAAACGUAUGCAAUUUUUUCCUAUUCUUUUACCCCGUUGUUUAAUGAAUCUAUCUUUUUGGAACCACUACAAACAAAACGAGAAGGAAAAAAGGUCACCCAGUUUUCACUUGUCACGCCAAAGCACACUUGAGGCUGCAGCAACAGAAAUAAUUAAUGAGACCCACUCCUGUGACCUCAGCAAAUGGACAGGAAAUAAGUCCUUAUUGAUUGGACCACGCCAGGGAUGGCGCCAGGCCGAUGGCUGUGGUUUUCCUUCUGAAGAAGACAGAGCAAGCUGGAAGCUGCAGGUGUCAAGAGAAACACUGGGUGCCAGCCAGCAUGGACACAUCAAAACCUGAUGACCCGUCCGUUGUAGUGGAGACUCGUUCUUCUAUAAGUUAAGAAAAAUGGGCGUUGCUUGAUGUCUCGGAAUCAUGUCUGUGUGGCUAUAUCAUGAGAGGCCUGUGCAUCUCAGUUUUUAUCAUAUUUGGGAGAGGUGGGGAAAAUGUUCUUAAGUUGCCAAAUUCUUGAAGUUGGAGAUUAAAGUUUUACCAGGUGUUGAUUCAAUUGUUA